CUUUGAUGACUUUGCGGGACGCAGAAUGUCUCAACUUCACUUUUCCGUUCUCUCUGACUCUCCCAGGUACCCAGAAUGACGAACGCAACGACAGUCAAGCUCCAAUCGGGCGCGAGCAUGCCUCUGACGGGCCUGGGGCUGUGGAAGGUGCCGCGCGAUGUCGCGGCCGACCAGGUGUAUGCGGCGCUCAAGGCCGGCUACCGCCUGCUGGACGGUGCAGCGGACUACGCGAACGAGAAGGAGUGUGGGGCGGGCGUAGCACGUGCGAUCCAGGAGGGCGUGGUUACCCGCGAAGAGCUGUUUAUCGUCUCGAAGCUGUGGAACACGAAUCACGCCGCGAAGCACGUCGAGCCUGCAUGCCGCAAGUCGCUGGCUGACUGGGGGCUGGAGUACUUUGACCUGUACCUCAUCCACAUGCCUAUUCCACUCGCAUACGUGGAUCCGGCAGUCCGCGAGCACCCCGGGUGGACGACGACGGGCGACGACAGCGGCGAGAUCAGGACGGAGCGCUCGCCCAUCCACCUCACCUGGGGUGCGAUGGAGGCAUGCCACGCCCAAGGCCUCGCGAAGAACAUCGGCGUGUCAAACUUCUGCUCGGCCCUCAUCGUCGACCUCAUGUGCUACGCGAACGUGCACCCCCAAGUCCUGCAGAUCGAGAUGCACCCGUAUUUCGUGCAGCAGGGCAUGAUCGACGUGUGCAAGGCGUACGAUAUCCACAUUAUGGCGUACAGCUCGUUUGGACCGGCCUCGUGGGUCGAACUUGACCAUCCCGCGACGAAGACGCUGCCCUCCCUCCUCUCCCUCGACACCAUCACCCAGAUUGCGGAUGCGCAUGACGCUACGCCCGCCCAGGUCUUGCUACGUUGGGCGACGCAGCGCGGCAUCACGGUCAUCCCUAAGAGCUCAAACCCGGCACGCCUAAAGGAAAACUUGGAUAACACGUCUCUUAUGCUAUCCGAAGAGGAGAUUAGGACGAUCUCUGGCCUCGACAAGAAGUUCCGCAUCGCCGGUGGUGGCGACCCAAGGAUCAAUAUUUGGGCUUAGUCGAUGUGAUGCGUUCUUGUUGAUGUA